AAACUGAAAGACGGUUUGAUGGGUUGAGGUGGAUGGGGCUGAUUACCAAGUAGUACAUAGUACUUAGGAUGACAUUUGACGUCUGUGAUGGGGACUGGAGACGGAGGAUUAGUGGGUGAGGGCGAGGGGAUAUAAAGGGGGCUUCGAUUAUCGUUGGAAUCAAUUAUUCUUUUUUGUUGCUCUUCAUUGAUUGACAUUGACAUCUUCACAACCCACGAUUCCACCAACUCACUACCUCACAAACACAAAAGCACCUUCAAACCCCAAAAAAUGUCCCAAACAAUCUACCUAAUCACAGGAGCUAACCGAGGUAAGUAUCCCUCAUUCUCCUUCCCUCAACAACUCUAACGACCCAAGGCAUCGGACGAGGAAUGACAGAAUCUCUCCUCCAACGCCCCAAUACCACAAUCCUAGCCGGAGUCCGCUUCCCAAGUCACCCAACAUCCCAAUCCCUCCUCACCCUCCCAGCCAGCACAACCAGCACCCUCCACCUCCUCGCGCUGGACGUAACCUCAACCUCAACCCUUUCCUCGUCCCUCGCCACCCUCCCCAGUCUAGGAAUAACCCACAUCGAUAUCCUGAUUUCCAACGCGGGGAUAUCAAACUACUACGGCGCCGCGACCAUCACGCCUCUGGAGGAGGUGCGCGAGCACUUCGAGGUCAACGCUAUUUGCACGCUUGCGCUCUUCCAAGCGAGUUGGGGACUACUGAAGGAGAGUGGGAACGAGAGAGGUCCGGUGGUAAUGGUGACGAGUACGGGGGUGGCGAGUAUUGGGGAUAUGGAGAAGAUGACGUGGGAGAGUACGGCGUAUGGGAUGAGUAAGGUGGCGGUGAAUUAUGCGGUGAGGGAGAUGAAUUUUGAGAAUAAGGAGAUUGUUGCUUUUGUUAUCGGUCCUGGGUUGGUUUCCCCCUUUUUUCUUUGAUGUUUUGUUGAUCUCGCUUCGAUGCUCGCUUGAGCGUACUCUUGGGAUUUUUGGGGGGAAGGAUGUGGAAGGGCGUAAGUGCUGAUUUUUUAACGCAGGUGGGUACAGACCGAGAUGGGGAAUCUGGGGGCAGCGUCGAUGGGGAUGGAGGAAGCGCCUGUUAGUGUGCAGCAGAGUGUUGAGGGGGUAUUGAAGAAGGUUCGUAGGAGCUCCACAGCCCUUCAUUUCUUUCUCACUCCCUUCCUUUUCUCUUCCUUCCGAAGCCUUUCUUACUGAUAUGGGGAUUAUAGCUUGAUAACUCUACGAGAGAGAAUACCGGCAGCAGGUUCUUGUCGUUUGAUGAUGAGAUAUAUUCUUUGUAGAUUCGCUUAAUUUUCUUGUUCCUUGGUUGGAAUCAGUACGCGAGCUGCGAGAGACGAGCUGUUGAUUCUUAAUAGG